AUGGCGGCACUUCGCAGGAAAUUCGGCGAGGACUACCAGGUGGUCAGCACCAACCGAGCCGGAGGCGGCGCAGGUGGCGGCGGCUUCUCAGUGCCGGCGGCCAAGAAGAAGCGGCAGCGCUUCGUGGAGAAGAACGGCCGCUGCAACGUGCAGCACGGCAACCUGGGCGGCGAAACCAGCCGGUACCUCUCGGACCUAUUCACCACCUUGGUGGACCUUAAGUGGCGCUGGAACCUGCUCAUUUUCAUCCUCACCUACACGGUUGCGUGGCUUGUGAUGGCGUCCAUGUGGUGGGUGAUCGCCUACAUCCGCGGUGACCUCCAGCAGCACGCCCGCGACGCGUCGUACACGCCGUGCGUUGCCAACGUGUACAACUUCCCGUCCGCUUUCCUCUUUUUCAUCGAGACGGAGGCUACCAUCGGCUACGGGUACCGCUACAUCACCGAGAAGUGUCCCGAGGGCAUCAUCCUCUUCCUCUUCCAGUCGCUUCUAGGCUCCAUUGUGGACGCCUUCCUUAUCGGUUGCAUGUUCAUCAAGAUGUCGCAGCCAAAGAAACGCGCCGAGACGCUCAUGUUCAGCCAGGACGCCGUCGUCUCGCAGCGGGACGGCCGGCUGUGCCUCAUGUUCCGCGUGGGCAACCUGCGCAACAGCCACAUGGUGUCCGCGCAGAUCCGAUGCAAGCUUAUCAAGUCCCGCCAGACCCCCGAGGGCGAGUUUCUGCCCCUGGACCAGUGUGAGCUGGACGUGGGCUUCGGUACAGGGGCCGACCAACUUUUUCUGGUCUCGCCACUCACCAUUUGCCACGAGAUCAACCCUAAGAGCCCCUUCUUCGACCUUUCCCAGCGCUCAUUAACCAAAGAGCAGUUUGAGAUCGUGGUGAUCUUGGAAGGAAUCGUUGAGACCACUGGCAUGACUUGUCAGGCACGCACUUCGUACACGGAAGACGAGGUCUUGUGGGGCCACCGAUUCUUGCCUGUGAUGUCCCUAGAGGAGGGUUUCUUCCGGGUGGACUACUCACAGUUCCACAGCACCUUUGAGGUCCCCACACCGGCAUACAGCGUCAAAGAACAUGAGGAGAAGAAUUCCCUCCCGUCACCCGCAUCUACGCCAACGCCAGCUCUCACCGAUAGCCAGGGGGCCAGGCGCGACAGGGUUUUCUCCGUGGAUUGCAUCAACGCGGCAGCGUCAACAGGGGGCAGCGGAGGGCGCCUGCCCAGCAAGCUGCAGCGAAUCAGCUCAUCGGGGAAGGAGGACCUCCAGAGGAAGGUGUUGAUGCUUAACUCGCAGCACACAGAGAAGGCGUGCAGCACCGGGGACCUGCCGCUCAAGCUCCAGCGCCUCGGAUCCUCGUCCGGACCCGACGACUCGCUCAAGGUGGGAUUUGAACCUAUGACCCAGUCCACCGGGGACCUGUACCAGCACAGCCUGAUGCCUACCUUGUGCCCGCCGCAACCCCCCACGCACAGUCCCCUUCUGUCAGCCGGCAGGAGGCCUGAAGACAACCUGCCGGCUAAACUCCGCAAGAUGAACCGCUGA